AUGGCCGACACUUAUGAGGAAGACACGCUUGCAAAUGUGGUCGGCUACGACGAGGAGGAGCCCGGCAUGAACGCCCCGAUCAAGGCCACCCUGCGCACCGCCCCCGCUGAAGUCAAGGGCGGCCUGCGGCCCGGCGCUGGCCGCGGCCCGCGGCCCGCCGACGACGGCAAGGGCGGGGGCGAGGGCGAUGCCGCGCGCGGCUGCGGCGAGGCCGACGGCGUUGCCGGCCUAGGCGGCUCGGCGGCCACCUCAGGCGGGUACGGCGGCGGCGGCGUCGACGUCGGCUCUGGCCUGACGAGCAACCCGGUUGCCGAGCGCGCGGCGCAGCGCGCGGAGGACCUGGACGUGGACUUUUAG